GGCUCAAACUGGCCGGACCCCAAUCAGACCAUUAAACCUCAAACCUCUUUCUUGACGGGCUCAAUAACUUAAACCGGUUUGACAAUCUUGUUUGAAAAGUUAGCAACUUUGAACUUGAAAUGAGUAAAGAGGAGACAAAUACGAAUAGUGUUUAGUCAUCAGGUAAUUGGGUGGAGAUCGCUAGAUUCUAUAUGCUAAAAUUGUGGGUUGGAGGCAAGGAACAAGGAUGUUUUCUUUGUUUAAAGUGUUGGGAUGCAAGUUUAGUGAUCUUGCUAAACUCGUAGAACAUUAAUUAAGGAUUUCAAGUUUAAGCAUUCGAUAAAUCGAAUACUAUCGAGGCUCAUGUGCAAGCACAUGCAUGAUUAUCUCUAGAUGCAUGCGUUUGUAUCUAAUAUGCAUGACACCGGAUGUAUAUAGUUCUGUUUAUGUCUAAAAUUAUUUUGGACUAAAUUGUUUGAAGAUGUGUGAAUCGUAACGAUCGUCUUGAUUUCUAUAAGUCAAAAGUUCAACACAAUCAAUCGACACCAGAAAAAUUUCCAUCCGAAACAAAUUGACACAACUGUGGGAUAGUAUAUUUCACAACAAAAUAAGUCCUCACUAUGUACAUUAGUGUCAAAUAUAGCUACAUCACUCAAUGUACAUGUAUGCAUAUUCUUAUGAAACGUACUAAAUGAAGACCAAAGUCGACAUUUCUCCGUGAAGUUAGAAGACAAAGACCUUUAAUUACUGUACUCUUAUGUUUUGAGGUUUGAUGUUGUAGUAUGAACGGGUUCAAUUCUCUUAGGUUUACACCUAUAAAAAAACAAUUCCUUUCUAGGGUUUAGACCUUUUCUAUUGCAUAUAGUAUAUAGUUUUGUAGGGUAAUUGAUCAAAAUGAUAUCAUAGGUUUGAGUUUGAGUUAAUAACAAAAUGGUCACAAAUGUUUAAAACGUAACAAAAAGAUCAUACAAAAUUACAAAUAACACAAUAUAACAAAACAACUAUUUCAUGUCAUUUUCUUCAUAUUUCCAUUCAAAAAUGACAAUCUUAGAUUGCUCUGGAAAAGAGGUAGUUUUACGCGCUGGUUAGGCGUUUUAUAAUUUUUUUUUAAUCAAGUUUGCAAUGUGUCAACAAGGUAUUUGGUAAUUAUGGAUGUAAAUAUGGCCAAAACGAGACAAAAUCACUAUUUUGUUAUAUUGUAGUACUCAUGUGACAUUUUGUUACGUUUUAAACGUUUGUGACCGUUUCGUUACUGGUCUAAAACUAUGUGACCAUUUUAUCAACUACCCUACUUUUGUGGAUGAACUUAAUUUCUUUGGCCAAGUGGGAAUAGAUUAAGGCUGAUUUAUCUAAAAACAAAGAAUCCAAAAGGUCGUGGUCCUAGAGAGGACCCUGAGGGCGUUGAAGUGUCCAAGACAAUUCUCAGCCACUCGAUUGUCAAAAAUGUGGAUCGGACGGUCCAGAGGUUUUGGGGGGUUUUGUUUUCUUUUGUGAUUAUUAUAGCAGUCAAAAUCAGUGUUCCGUGGAAAUAGUACUUAUGAGACCACAAAUUUGCGUCGCAUCAGACUAAUUAUUUUGGUCGUGUAUACUGACAAAGAAAAACAAUCAAACAGGGUCCUCCAGUUCGUCCGCAAAUGUGGACAUUGCGAAUAAUAAUAAUAACUGGAUUAGGUCAAACAAUAAUUCAUCUUUUUUAUAAGUCGUUUGGAAGUUUGGGAUUGUUAAAUAGAGGUAUAUAUUAUCGUAAAUAUAUGUGUACUAUUAUACAUAUGUCGACGAAUUUGAUGCUUUAUAAGAUCCAGCUUUUGAUAUAUACGAUUGUGUAUGUCAGAUCAGAGAAAAGUUUGGUAAAACUAUCUCAACUCUACGAUCUCAUCGUCUCAGCAAAAAGCUGAGAUGUAACAAUCACUCAUUUUGGAUGAUAGUUUAUGUCAUAUCACCCAAACAAUCCAUGUAUAGUGUAUGAAAAAAAAAAGUCAGAAAACGAUACAUUCUAAACAAUACAAGUAUAAUAACUACAUCACGAAUUAUAUAAUGUGUAUUGACACUAACUGCGGGAUGAUAAUUGUAUUGUAUAAUGUGUAUUGACACGUAUAGCAUGAUAAUGAUGUUAGGACCGCUCAAAACUUAUCGUUUCGUUUAAAUAUCAUGUAUUCUAUUGAUUAGUUAAAUGGACAUUUAAUAAAUAAAAAAAAAUCAUAUAUUCUUGUUGUUAGAUUCCCUGUGCACGUUUUCCAUGCAGGGCAUGAAGAUUUAGAUUUUAUUACUACAGCUCUUGGUUGGGCCGACGGCGACUCAAAAGAAGCUUUUUGGGGUAAAUUUAGAGGAAGAUAUAGGAAAGGCGGACCGUUGGGCCAUUAGUUAUUGGGCCUGACUGCUUCUUUGUUUGCUUUUCCAGUUACUAUUUUCGACUGCCGAAAAUCAUCACCAGUUGAUGGGCUGGUAUUUACCAAAUGUCUAAAAGGGCUUUGGACUUGAGAAGUUUCCAAAAGGGCUUUGUUUGGAGAAAAGGAUUUCACCGAUUGAUUCACUCACUCAAUUUGUAAAUAAGUGGAUUUUUUUUCCUACUUUUAGUAUUGUGGAUUAUAGGUUUAGAAUUUUUAUAUUUAUUGAAUGUUAACAAUCAAAAAUACCAGAGGGUCAUGGAAUGUUAACCUAUACUUCUUAUAUUUUACAUUUUGGUAUAUAACAUUUAUUUUUAAUAAGAAAAUAAUUAUUGGUAAAUUAUUUUUUGAUACCACGAUUGAAGGUGAUGCAAAGGUGGUGAUUGACAAGGUUAAUGUGGGAUUGGUAGCCGAUAUUCGUGGCGAAGCAAUCUAUGAGGAGAUUCGGUCCCGACAGUUGUCUUUUUGCAAUCUGCAGUUUUGUUUUGUGAGGAGGGACAGCAAUAGGGUAAGCCCAUCUAGUGGCUGAGAAGAUCCUUUCUUUGUUUUCCAGUCGUUGUUCUGGGUUUGAUUUUUGUGUUUUGGCUCUCCAGGGAGGUGGAUAUGAUGUAAAUAUUUUUUUCUUGUUUAAUACAAGUUAUCAUUUUGUUAAAAAAACAUUUUGGUACCUAAAAAUUUUCAUUAUGACAUUCAAUACCUAAACUUUUCAAAAUUUACAUAAUGAUCCAAGACUUGAAUGUCGUUUGGAUCCAUGGAUCAAUUAUCCAUUUGAUCCAUGAAUUCACCUAUCCAAUCCAGUAUCCACCAAUCCGACUUAUGAUUUCUAACAAUGUGGGUAUGCGUUUGAUACAUAUAUUCAAGUUUAGUGACCAUAUUGAUAUUUUCGAAACGUCAAAGAGAUGGCCCAAAUAGGGAGGGAAAGAAAUCCCAUCGCUCCCCUUCAAUCCUUCAUCCAAAAGAUGGACCUUAUCGUCUCUUGCAGUUGCAGCUCCACUAUCUCCUCCCCAUUUUGGCCUAAAUCCACACCUCUCCAAUCUCCAUUCUUCCCCUCUAGCUCCAAUCCCUCCGCCACCAGCUCCCGGCGGCCGAAAUGGGCUCUCGUCAGAACAAAAUCGGAGCUCCAGACUGCGGUCGGAGUAAACGGUGUACCCGCCGCCGCACCUCCGAUUGCGGUUCCCACCCACAAAGUCACUGUUCAUGACCGGCAGCGCGGCGUCGUCCACGAGUUCGUCGUCCCAGAGGAUCAGUAUAUAUUGCACACAGCGGAAGCGCAGGACAUUACGCUUCCGUUUGCUUGCAGGCAUGGUUGUUGCACUAGCUGUGCAGUACGUGUGAAAUCUGGACAACUCAGACAGCCAGAAGCUCUAGGGAUAUCUGCAGAGCUCAAAGAUAAGGGAUAUGCACUGCUUUGUGUGGGGUUUCCGUCUUCGGAUCUUGAAGUCGAAACACAAGACGAAGAUGAGGUAUAUUGGCUUCAGUUCGGGAGGUAUUUUGCUCGAGGGCCAAUUGAGCGAGACGACUACGCUUUGGAGCUGGCCAUGGCUGAUGAAUAGAAGAGAGAUUGUUUGAGUUCAGGCUGCAUUGUAUAUCUCAAGUUAAACUGAGAAUGUUGAUCCUCCACCUGCCGAUAUUCAUUCGGUUUGGUUUUAACCGGACAAAAUGCCUCUCCAGAUAGUGAUCAAAGACCAAAUCAAUCAACAUCCUCAUUUGCUGUAGACUGGAACUUGUAUGUUGUAUGUUCGUUUCGGUUUAACUGGAAUUUCGAGCUGCUGGGGUUUAAGUUUUCGUUUAGUAUGCUGUAUGUACGUCUCACCCACAUCAUUCUGUCGUUGCCCUGACAUUGGCAACUAGUCAUCUCAUUAUAAAAACCAUAUGAAGGUUAGCUAACUAAACUAAGCUUUGCAAAAUCCCUCCCUCCCUGCCAUGAAAAUUGGACAAGAAUAAAAUAAAAUUACUGGC